AUGGCUACCAAAUUCGGGAAAGAUGAUACUAUCAAGUAUCAGACAGGGUCCAGUGUGGACGAGGAGGCUCCCCGCGAGGAAGUCGGGGCUGUUGACCCCCUCGCAGCUCCCUUGAAAAGAAGCUUGAAGUCGCGGCAUCUGCAAAUGAUCGCAAUUGGCGGUAUUAUCGGCCCGGGAUUGUUGGUCGGUUCGGGAAAUGCACUGAAUAAGGGUGGCCCGGCCGGAUGCUUGAUCAGUUUCUCGCUUGUCGGGAUUAUCGUCUAUUUUGUUAUGCAAUCGCUGGGGGAAUUAGCAACGGCCAUCCCCGUGUCAGGAUCUUUUACCGAAUACGCGCAACGAUUUGUCGACGACUCGCUGGCUUUCGGACUGGGAUGGGCGUACUGGUAUUUAUGGGUGACAAUUCUGGCGAGCGAAUAUAAUGCGAUUUCACUUGUUAUCGGCUACUGGACGGAUGCGGUACCUCAAUGGGGCUGGAUCAUUAUCUUUUGGGUCCUUUUCUUGGGGUUAUCCAACCUCGGUGUCCUCGCUUAUGGCGAGAUGGAGUUUUGGCUAUCAUUAAUCAAAGUGCUGGCACUGCUUGCUUUCUUCAUUUUAGCCAUCUGUAUUAGCACGGGCGGUAUCGGGCCUGGCCCUAUUGGGUUCAAAUACUACCAUGACCCAGGCGCAUUUGCCGAUUCCAUCAACGGUGUCGCGAGGACAUUUGUCGUUGCUGGUACACUCUAUGCGGGCACAGAGAUGGUCGGUGUGACUGCAGGAGAGUCAGCAAACCCGCAAAAGGCUGUACCGGUUGCUAUCAAGCAGGUGUUUUACCGUAUUCUGAUCUUCUACAUCGGAACCUUCUUCUUCCUGGGAAUCCUACUCCCAUACAACCACCCAAAGCUCCUCAGCGCCAGCUCCACCGCAGCAAGCUCUCCCUUGACAAUCGCCCUCAGCGAUGCGGGCAUCCUCCCAGCCGCGCAUCUGAUCAACGCCUUGAUCGUAAUCAGCGUCAUCUCCGCCGGAAACGGAUCACUGUAUGUCGCAUCACGAACGAUGCUCUUCAUGGCUCGCAACGGCAAGGCUCCGCGUUUUAUAGGCCGCACCAAUUCGCGCGGUGUUCCCUGGGCGGCUCUUAUUUUCUCCAAUAUCUUCACAUGCAUCGUGUUCUUGACUCUCUCCUCGGGCGCGGGCCGUAUCUAUUCAGCGUUGAUCACCCUGGCUGGGGUGGCAACCUUCGUGGUUUGGGCUGUCAUUUGCAUCGCACACAUCCGUUUCCGCAAGGCCAUGGUCGUACAAGGUGACGAUCCAUCUCGACUGCCAUUCCGUGCGGCACUCUAUCCGUACGGAACGUAUUUUGCCCUAGGUGCAACGAUCUUCCUUAUUUUCUUCCAGGGGUACACAGCUUUCUUGAAUCCAUUCAGCGUCGACGACUUUGUUAUCAACUAUAUCCUACUUCCGGUGUUUGUCAUGCUGGUUGUGGGGUACAAAAUCUGGCAUAAGACGACGAUCGUCAAGCUUGAGGAGAUGGACAUCUGGACAGGGAGGAGGGUGACCGUUAUUGAUGAGACGGCCAAAUCGAAAAGCUGGAAGUCUACAUUGAAGGAUAUAAUUGUUGGUUGA